AUGCUCUACCGCCAACCCCCUCACAGCCUCGACUGGAAGCACCAGCGCCUCCUCAUAGCUCGCGAUCGUCAAAACUACGCAGCGUUCUCUGGAAUUCCCAUAUGGCGACUUCCCAAGCUUCGUCUGCCGCCUUCAUCCAGCGAGUGCGUGCCUCAUAGCUGGGCCUGUCGAUCCGCGAUGGAGGAGAGUUUCAAGGGAGGGGUGAGGGCGAGGUUGUGA